AUGACGUCAGGCCAGUUGACGUGACGCUCCUCCCCAAGCGCGCCUUGGUAUUUGAAUCCUGUUUCCGCCAUUUUCUUUCGCUGCUUCACAGACGCUUCUGGAAGACACAUACCAUGGCAUCCCAAGGUGAUCCCCAAGUUCAGUUCAAGCUUGUUCUAGUUGGUGAUGGUGGAACUGGCAAAACAACCUUUGUGAAGCGUCACUUAACUGGUGAAUUUGAAAAGAAGUAUGUAGCAACACUUGGGGUUGAAGUACAUCCUCUUGUGUUCCACACAAAUAGAGGACCUAUAAAAUUCAAUGUAUGGGAUACAGCAGGGCAAGAGAAAUUUGGUGGCCUUCGUGAUGGUUAUUACAUCCAGGCUCAAUGUGCAAUUAUAAUGUUUGAUGUUACAUCAAGAGUUACAUACAAGAACGUACCAAACUGGCAUAGAGAUCUUGUAAGAGUGUGUGAAAACAUACCUAUAGUCUUGUGUGGCAACAAAGUUGACAUUAAGGACAGGAAAGUAAAGGCCAAAUCAAUUGUUUUCCACAGGAAGAAGAAUCUUCAGUACUAUGACAUCUCUGCGAAGAGUAACUACAACUUUGAGAAGCCCUUCCUUUGGUUAGCCAGAAAGCUGAUAGGUGAUCCAAAUCUUGAGUUUGUAGCCAUGCCUGCCCUUGCACCACCAGAAGUUGUCAUGGAUCCUGCAUUGGCAGCACAGUAUGAGCAGGAUUUACAGAUUGCUCAGACCACUGCACUGCCAGACGAAGAUGAUGAUCUGUGAGAAGAGAGAAGCUGGAGCCCAGCGUCAGAAGUCUAGUUUUAUAGGCAACUGUCCUGUGAUGUCAAUGGUGCAGCGUGUUUGCCACUUUAUCUAGCUGAGCAGAACAUGUGCUUUAAUCUUUUUUGGGAUGCUGAAGGAGAUGAAUGGGCUUCGGAGUGAAUGUGGCAGUAAAAAUUAAUUCCUGCAUAUUUUGGACCUGCAUAUUUAGCUGUUUGGGACUGCAAAUACUCUUCCUUCAAGUUUGAAAUCUUAAGUUAAGACUGCUGCAGUCACAUCACAAUAUUCAGUGGUGAAUCUCGUUUGUUACGGUCAUUCCCAUACCUUUUUUUUUUUUUUUUUUCGUUUAGAUCAUAAUAAAGUUGUAUUUCAAAUACCCUAGCAAUUUUUCUAUUGUGUUUUUGGAAAUCUGAUUAAGACUUUAAAGUCCAGAAUAAAUUGGCUUGUAUAGAGGAAAGCUAAAGCAGUUGCAGAACAUUUAGUAUUCCUUCUUAAAACCCAGCUGUACAGAUAAAUUGUUGGCCUCAGAAUAAAAUUAAACAUCCUUAUUAUAUUAAAAGGACAGUCAACACAAGUUUGUUUAAAAAAAUAGACAAUGCCUUUACUACCCAUUCCUCGGCUUUGCACAACCAACAUGGUUAUAUUAACAUACUUUAAACCUCUUUAAAAAAGAAAAAUCUAAGUCCAUAAAGACAGCCCCAUAAUCACAUGCUUUUCACAUCAGGGGAAGCUAGUUCAUGUGAGCCAUAUAGAUAACCUACUAAUGCCCGUGUAUUCUAACACAGCACUAAUAGGCUUAAAUGUAAGUCAAUAGAUGGUCAUGUGAUCAGGGGGCUGUCAGAAGAAUCUUAGAAACAAGGUAAUCAGAGGUAAAAGGUGUGUUAAUAUAACAAGGUUUUCUGUAGAAAACUGGGGAAUUGGGUAAUAAAGGGAUGUUUUAUCUUUUAAAACAAUAAAGAAAAAUUGACUCUCCCUUUAACUUUUUAAAUAGUUUAUCAUGUGUGUAUUAGUUUUAUUGUCUAUUUCCUUAAGCAACAAGUAAAUAUUUAGCAGCAGUUGGAUUCAAGGAAGAUACCUGAGCGCUACAUGAUCUUGCUCACAUUUCAAAGUAGACUGUAACUGUCAUAUACACAAUCUGCCUUUUAACAGACCUUUUUCCAGUUGUUGCUUAACUUGAAACUUGUAUAAUUUUGUGAGAACCUUAAUGAAAUGUAUAUAAAUGCAAAAAGUACAAACUACUUGACCAUUGCUAUGAAAUUUCUCAGCAUUGAUGGGUUAAUAAAAUGCUGUAACAAAUUCAAA